UUCGUUGGUUAGCGGGGGUGUUAGACGGUUAAGAGGGGAUGGAGUGUGGCUGGCAUCGGCAUGAUGCUUCUCUGUCUAUAUAAACAGCAUCCACUCCCAUUGUUUGGAAUAGUGGGAAAAUCUAUUCGUCCAGCAUCAAAUUUGUUUCUUUUCGUCUCCCUGUUUUUUGUAUUUGGUUUUUUGGCACUUGUAUGGCAGCCAAUUGGAAGAGUGGUGGAGGGAUCGCCAGUUUGGGGAAGCGACUUCUUAACCGCACCUCCUCUCCUCAACCAACCCUCUUCAACGCCACCGCCUCUCCGUCUCGUCCUGCUUCUGCUUACACUAUCAGGAGUGUUCACGCAUCGGCAUAUGACAAGAACCUCGAUGAUCAAGUCCAUCCCACCGUGGUUCCUGAUUAUGUGAUUCAGUCUCAAUCAGACAAGUACUGGGCACCGGACCCGCAUACUGGGGUGUUUGGCCCUCCUUCCGAGCUUAACACAUCUGCAGGUGGGGAGACGCAGGGCCUCCGUUCCUCCCUUGGCAACGGCGGCGUGAACUCGGUCCUGGAGGAAAAGGCCUGGUUCCGCCCCACAAGUAUUGAGGACGUGGAGAAGCCACACCAUUACUAAGGGCUCUUAAAUAUUACCUACUAUAAUAGGUCUGCAGAUAAUAAAAGGUGUGCUUUAAAAGGCUUGCUUAAGUAUAAUAAAGUGCAGCGGAAAACCCCCAGUUUAAUGUUUAUGUUUUAGCUUGUUGAAAGAUAGAGCUGGGGGUAUCUAGCCACUUGUUGCAUGGGAAUUUGCAUAUUUAGUUACUAUGAUCUUUGUACCAUACGAACUUAUGUUUGUAAUGCUUGCUUGGAAUCUUACUAUAAAAAGUUUGGUUAUUUCGUCUAUGGUAUCAGUUGUCUUUGCUAUGAUAUUCUUGCUGCAAUUUGCUCUUGAUUCACAGCUGCUGUGUGGCAUGUGCAAGCAUUUCCAACCAGAGAAAUGCUUGUCAAUUGGGUGUUGCAGACGA